UAGCAGCAAUUAGUAAGUCUCACAUCAGUGCAAAGGAUCAGUGAUCUCUCCUGUGCCUUCAAGAAGAACCUCCCCUGGGACUCCCCAUGUUCCCCUAGGUUUCAGAUGACCACCGCUGUCUGACCUCUGCAGUCGUCUGUCCACCAGAGACAUCCCACCUCUGGAGUGUAAUCACUGACAUUUACACUCCGGCUUCCAACCUGUUUACAACAAGGAAUUGCUAGUCAGUCUUCAAAGCCAACUGUUCUCUUCCCCAGGCAGCAGACACUUAGCCCAGUGAGUUUUUUUUCUCUCUUUUUUUUUUUUUUUUACAACUGGGAAGAGAACAGAAGGAGGGGGAUAGAGAGAGACAAGGAUUAAGCCUUUUUUUUUUCCUUUGGUGGGAGUUGAACAUGUCAUCUCUGUUUUUCAGGCUGUGCAGACUUUAACAUGCUGGGAAACAGAUUGUAACUGCACUGCUGAGGAGAGUAGAACUCUGAAAUAGAACGUGGAACUCAGUGAAAGUAUAGCAUCUUUUGUUUAAGGAUUUACUUCCAAGAAGAGGACUACCGGACAUGAGAGGUCCUUAGAGGUGGUUUGUCAAACAAGUUAUGGAUGUUGGCGCACCACUGUCUAGCACAGAGAGCAGCCUACCGAGGAUCAGUUACCUCCAGAUUUCAGCCUUACCAGCUUCUAUCCUUCCAGUAUGUUUCUUUCCAUGAGGCAUUUUCUGAAGCCCAUAGCCUCAGUACAAUGUGGAAAUGGAUACUGACAAAUGUUGCCCCAAGCUUUUCCCACCUGCCCCGCUCUUUUCUUCUCUUCUUUUUGGUGUAUUCCUUGUCUGUCAAUUGCAAUGAGGUCGGGAACAGGGACUUGCUGCAAUCUCCUGAGGUGUCCACCAACUCUUCUUCUGGGAGACACGUGCGUAGCUACAACCACCUCCAGGGAGAUGUGCGAUGUAGGAGACUCUUUUCUUUCUCUAAAUACUUCCUCAGAAUUGAUGCCAAUGGCAAGGUCAGCGGGACCAAGAAGGAUGACUGUCCAUACAGCAUACUGGAGAUAACAUCAGUGGAUGUGGGUGUUGUGGCAGUGAGAGCCAUUAACAGCAAUUAUUACCUAGCCAUGGACAAAAAAGGCAAGAUCUAUGGUUCUAAAGAAUUUAAUACUAAUUGCAAGCUAAAGGAGAGAAUAGAAGAAAAUGGCUACAACACUUAUGCAUCCCUCACUUGGAAGAACAACGAGAGACAAAUGUUUGUGGCCCUGAACGGCAAAGGAGCCCCAAAGAGAGGCUCCAAAACAAGAAGGAAAAACACUUCUGCUCACUUUCUUCCAAUUCUUGUAUAUGAAGGAAUAUCGUCUUGCUUCAUGUGACUUUUUUUUGGACGACCACUUUGUGCAUCUUAAUUGACACCUUGGAUUUCCACCACCUUUGUACGGGACGAGAGAGACGUUUCUAUCAGAUAAUGUAUACCGUUUGGACCUUGAAGAGAAUUUUUGUUCUGUGUCAUGAAAAUGACUCUAGCAGAUGACAGAAAGUAUAACCGCUACCGCCUGCAUGAUGAAUGUUUUUAUAUGUAAAAUCCAAUUUAAAGGAUGUGACACAAGCAGACGGAUGAUGUGGGAAAGUUAUUUAUGGACUACUAACUCAAAUCAAAGACCUUCAUUGCUCAUUCGCAUCUAACGAUCCAAUGAGUAUUUAGACACGCAAGCAUUUACUGGAAGCACUUGGGUCAUGUAGAACAAUACAGACUUUUUUUUGAAGAGACAUUUGUGAAGAAUGUAUAGGAUUAAGAAAGAAAAACUUGUUUAAACUGUUCUAACAAAAUGAAUAUUAUGGAAUGCCUGUUUACUCUACCUUAAAUCCCUUCUGUUUCUUUGUAAGUUAUUUAUUUAAUAGAACGUUUUAAUAUGCGUCUUCAGUGUUUUUCGGUUGUUUGUCUACAAGUCCGUAUUAGUUUUAAUCUCAGUAUCGUAGAAAAAAAGAGUUGUUUCUGCUUAAACAUCAUAUUAUGUGACUAAGCUUUAAAAAAAAAAUGUGCACGCAUUUAAAAUUAGAAAACACUAUUCUCUAUCAUCCAAUCGUGUAAUAGUUUUUUGUCAAAUUACAGUUUAAUUGUGCAGAGCUGCAUGUCAAUAGCUCUCGUUUAUAUCUGAAUUCCCAUUACCUACAUGCGGACAUAGCAUACGGAUGAAUAGAUGUUUUAGACUUUUUAAUGCUGAAAGCUUUUCAUAAUAGAAAAAAAUACAGUAACAACUAUGCCUUUUACAAAAUGAAGAAACGUAUUAAUCAUAGGCACUACGUAAUUCAGUUAGUAAACUCCUCUAAGCUAGAACUCUCUUGUCUAUAUAAGUUAAGCUGUGGUACAAUUUAAGGCAGCACGAUAAGGCGAGAUCAGCUUUUCAAGUCAAAUACCGGUAAAUUGCAUAGACAGAUUACAUUGUGGCUGUCAUCUAAAUAAUUGAAAGAUCUACCUUUCUGCAUAUGUAAUAUUGCAUACAUGUCCAGAUGAUAUAAAACCAGCAUAAAUCCUAUGGAAAAUAGCAUUGAAAUGUCAUCUUACUAAACAACACAAAAAAUGUUUUGGUCCAUAAUUGUAACUGUUCAGUGCUAUGUACACUGCCGAGCAUUAUACAAAUAAUUUGUAUUAUCAUUGACUUUAUUAUGCAGGAUUAUUAAUCUUCCUCUGGGACAAUAAAUAUAUCCAUAUUUUUAGUACCAUAUUUAGCCCUUUUAAUUAAUUUAACUCACGUGUCUCUGUAGGCAAGAUAUGCUGUAAUGUCUGCUUUAAAUAUGGCAUAUAUGUGUUAUAUGUCAGAGCAAAUGCAUUUCAUAUACAAACAAAAGAUGGAAGAUUUAUAGCACAACAUUUAACAUAAAGGAGUGUUAUUACCAGAUGUAAUGAUAGAACUUUGAAAUAUAAAACUGAAAAAUAAAAUGCCAACUAUUAGACUGUAAUCCCAAAGAAAAAAAUCUUCCUAAUUUUAAUCAAAUUUUCUAUUUUCCCCACAGUUCUAAUUGUCAUGUAAUUUUCUUUUUUUUUUUUUUAUUUAACUGUGGUAUUUUUAACUAAACAGAAUGGGUUUAAAAAAACUUCAGCAAUUACACAUCAGUCGUGAAAUCUCAUAUAUUUUUUACAUUCAAAAAAGAAAGAGAGGUUAAAUUAUUUCCCUAUGGUCCACCCAAAAAAAAAAAAAACAUCUACUUUUUUGUCAUUUUGUUUGUUUGUUUUUUACCUUUUUUUUUUAU